CCCCCAUGCAGGCAAAGGUACAUACAAAACCUCACGGGCCUGCUGAUAUUAAUAAAAAUGUUAUAGCCACUAAGGCUAUAUAGAAACAUAUAGCGAAAUUAAUUGUGGUCUGAGGCCAGUUAGUUUGGCAGAGCUUUCGCCUGAGCAGUCAACAACCAUUUCUCUGCAAACUCGUGUACGGCUGACGUGUUAUGUCUUCUGCAAAGCUAAUCUACUUCAACGGACGGGGGCGUGGUGAAAUAGUCAGGCUGACAUUGGCUGCAACAGGAAUACAGUUCACCGAAGAAUUCCUUACAGAACCAGAACAGUUUAAUAAGUUAAAGUCAGAUGGGCGACUUCUGUUUGGACAAGUUCCACUCCUGGAAAUAGAUGGACGAGAUAUCGUUCAGACAAACGCAAUUGUGCGAUAUUUAGCAACGAAAGGAAAUAUUUGGGGCAAUGAACAUGAAAAAGUACAGGUGGACAUGCUGUACGAAGGAUCACGUGACUUCGCGUUAGCGUUCUUAAUUAUUGGAUUCCAGGAUGAGAGCAAAGCUCUUGAUGCUGCCAAAUCGACGACCAUGCCAAAGUACUUUGCAAUAUUUGAAGAGGUAUUGAACAAAAAUGGUAGUGGUUAUUUGGUGGGUAAGCAGCUGACAUUGGCUGAUGUAGGGCUUCUGGAACCUGUUUUAAUUGCGCUCGACUAUUUCGGAGAGGAAGCAUUAAAAGAAUUCCCAUCCUUGAAGAAAUUUCAUUCUACGAUGCUUUUCAACGAGCGGAUAUCGUCGUAUUUAAAGGGACCCCAGCGGAAACCCAAAAAUGAUGCGGCAUACGUGGAAACGGUUAAAACAGUUCUGCAGAGACCUAUCACGUCAUAAACGCAUUCAAGCUGCAUCCUACCCCACGUCCAGAGAAACAACCCUUGCACCACUAAGGGCUUUAGAUUGUAUCAAAGUGAAGGUGAUAAAUGUGUGUACAAUAUGUACACUCCAAUACUCUGAAUUUAAGUACAAACAUACCGUCCUCAAAACAUACCAUCCUCAAAACAUACCACACCAGGGCAUAAAAUUUGAUUUUGUCGUUCGGGUGGUUUUAGUUUUUGCACGAACGAUUUUCUCCAGUGGUUCAGAUACAAAUGAAAAGGUUAACCGGCAACGGUAAUCAAAUGAGAAUCUAAGAUGGGCGAUUUUCGUAGCUUUUCUCCAAAUUCUUAUUAUAAAUACUAAAUUAUUAUUUGGUAUGCUGGGACUAACUUGAAAGCUGCCAUUUAAUUUCAGCACACUACCCUAUCGGUUCUGUUACAGGGGAGUACUUGUUGGCGCCAAACAAUAGUCUGAACGAAACGGGGGUCUGAACGGAAAAACCGAAGUUCUGCGAAUCCUCGAUCGAUCCAAUCGAUGUUGCAACUCAGUGUUUCAUCAUGUUCUAAUUUCCACUUCGUUAUUUUUAAGUCCCUUAUUAAACGUACUAUUUUCUUCGCUGUGUAUGUCAUAUUUUAAUAAAUUGAUUUAGCAAUG